UGCAAAAUGGCUGCCUACGUAGUACUUGCCGCAACAGUUUCCUUAUUUAAGCUGUUGACUCUUAGAUCUUACAAAUCAACAGACUUUGAUGUCCACAGAAAUUGGUUAGCAAUUACACACAGUCUUCCGGUGCGGAGAUGGUACUUUGAGGACACUUCCCAAUGGACUUUGGACUACCCUCCAUUCUUUGCCUGGUUUGAGUAUGCCCUGUCCCAGUUUGCUGGCUGGUUUGACAAGGAGAUGUUGAAGGUGGAGAAUGUCAACUAUCGAAGUCCUGCCACCAUCCUCUUCCAGCAACUAACUGUUAUCCUAACUGACUUUGUCUACAUUUAUGCAGUCAAAGAGAUUUACCAGUACUUCAGAUCCAUACAGGCAAAGACAGCAGACCUGGAAAAUAUCUUCCAAUCAUCCUCUCUUGUCCAGGCUGUCAUCCUGCUUACAAACUUUGGACUUUUUAUUGUAGACCAUAUUCAUUUUCAAUAUAAUGGAUUUUUGUUUGGAAUAUUGUUGCUGUCCAUCGUCAGAAUGUACCAGGAUCGUCACAUGUCGGCAGCAUUCUGGUUUGCAUUACUGCUCAAUUUGAAGCAUUUGUACUUGUAUGUGGCUCCAGCAUACUUUGUCUAUCUUCUAAGAUGCUAUGUCUUCCAGAAUAAAUCAGAUGGUAGUAUAGACUGGCAGUCACUCUCCAUCAUGCGACUACUGGGCCUGGGAGGGACAGUCAUUUCAGUGUUCACAUUAUCUCUAGGUCCAUUUAUUAUGCUGGGUCAGAUUCCCCAGCUAGUUACCCGUCUGUUUCCAUUUAAGCGUGGGCUCUGUCAUGCCUACUGGGCACCCAACUUCUGGGCUCUCUACAAUGUGGCUGACAAGAUGGCCAGUGUUGCAGGAACCAGACUGGGCUUUGUUCCCCCUGGCAACCAGACUGUGUCUAUGACUGGUGGACUGGUUCGGGAAUUUGACCAUACAUUUCUGCCAUCUGUGUCGCCACUAGCAACAUUGGUGUUGUCUGGGUUAUCUAUGAUGCCCAGUUUGCUGAUGCUAUGGGCCAGGCCCAGGGGCCCCCAGAGUUUCGUGAGAGCCCUAAUACUGUGUGGGUUUGGGUCCUUCAUGUUUGGUUGGCAUGUACACGAAAAAGCAAUACUAAUGAUCAUCAUUCCUAUGGGACUUUUAAUCCUUGAGAGAAAAACAGAUGCCAGCCUUUUCCUUGUUAUGUCUACAGUUGGUCAUUAUUCCCUGUUUCCACUCCUGUUUACACAGUGUGAAACACCCAUAAAAAUUGGAUUGCUGCUGCUGACAACAAUAUAUGCAUUUUCUAGUUUUUCAAAUAUGUACAAAGCCUCUGGAGGCCCUACCCGGCUUCCUUUACUCUCCUUUAUAGAAACCCUUUACCUGCUGGGUCUCCUCCCCCUGGAGGUAUACACUAGCCUGGUGCACCCCUUGAUUGGCCUCUCGCAGCCCCUUCCGUUCCUGCCCCUACUCCUCACCUCCGUAUACACAUCUGUUGGGGUCACAUACUGCUGGUUCAGGUUCUACUUGAACACAUAUAUGGAACAAGAGAUGUCGAGAAGCAGCAAACUGGAGAAAAUAGAUUAACACUGGAAUCAAGAUUGUUUAAUCUGGAGAAAACCUAAAUUAAAUUUAUUAAUAGUUUUCUUUAAUGUGUUAAACAGCUGCUUAGAGACGAAAAUGAAAUAUCCAUGUUCACGAACAGGUUGAAAUACUACAAAAGUUGUAUGCAGAUAUUGAGUCGUCACCAAAAGCUGAACAUUAUAAACACUAUAAAACUCUUCUUGACCCAGAGCGCUAUUUGUCAAUAGACCUACCAUAUCCUUGGAAAAAAUGUUUUGCAAUCUUAAGAUGCUCAGGUCAUACGCUUAUGAUAGAAAAAGGACGACAAUUGAAUAUUGCACGGGAACUUCGAUUCUGUCCAUUAUGCUUGAGUACAGGAUACAAUGUGAUACAAGACGAGUAUCACUUUCGUCUGGUCUGUCCUUCUUACAUGGUUUACGACGUGAAUUGUUCCGGACUACCUGGCUCACACAUUCAAGCUUUCAAUUGUUCAAUAAUAUAAUGUGCACUGAUGGUGCUAUAGUGAUAUAUUCUCGCUAACUAAAUUCGUAUAUAAAGCAUUCGAUUUGAGAAAGCAACUGAUCUUACACGGAUUAUUUAUUGAACAACUACUUAUACAUGAAAUAAAACCAUUUAUAUGUAUGUGUGCUAUAUAUAUAU